UGAAGUUAAAUAUGUGCGCAAUUUCACGGACAUUGAUGACAAAAAUAGCGAUGAUCUCGUUGGCUGAAGUCUCACCCUUGGAAUUUUACGAAUCCGAUGUAUGUAUUGUUAUGCUUGCGGAUCAUAAAGAGGGCGAAUGAGAAAGGUGAAGACCCACUGAGUUUAAGCAAACGCUUUUCUGAAGAAUUUUUAUACGAUAUGGCUGAACUGAAUUGUCUCUCUCCAACUCAUGAACCACGUGUUUCUGAUCAUAUAGACCAGAUUAAGGAUAUGAUAACUAAGAUUCUGGAGAACGGACAUGCCUAUACCAUUGAAGGUGAUGUUUACUUCUCGGUUGACACCUACCCUGAUUAUUAUUGUUUAUCUGGACGGAAGUCGGACGAUAAUCGUGCUGGCGGAGGUGGCCGUGUCCUUGUCGAUACAAGGAAACACAAUCCAGCUGAUUUUGCAUUGUGGAAGGCGGCGAAGCUUGGCGAGCCAAGCUGGGAGAGUCCUUGGGGUCCAGGAAGACCCGGAUGGCAUAUUGAAUGCAGUGCUAUGAGUGCACACCAUUUAGGUGAUUAUUUCGAUAUUCAUGGCGGAGGGAAGGACCUGAUGUUCCCACAUCAUGAGAAUGAGAUCGCGCAGAGCCGAUCCGCCUGCCCGCAAAGCAAAGUGAACUUUUGGAUGCAUAAUGGCUUUGUAAACAGGGACAAUCAGAAGAUGUCCAAAUCUGACAACAAUUUUUUUACCAUUCGUGAUAUUAUUACCAUUUAUCAUCCAUUGGCUCUAAGGUUUUUCUUAUUGCGAACUCACUACCGUUCUGAUGUCAAUUAUUCUGAUAAAGCACUUGAUACAGCAUCAGAUCGAGUCUUCUACAUGUAUCAGACUUUACAUGAAUGUGAAAUUGCUUUAUCCCCAUUCCGAAGUGAAAUUUUCAAAGGACAAGUGCCUGCAGAUGUCAAGGAACAGAUUGAGAAGUUCCAUACUGAAUAUCUAUCCUCGAUGUCUGAUGAUCUGCACACCACUACUGCUUUAGACGAUCUAGUUGAUCUACUUAAGUCGAUCAAUGGCACAUUGAAGAAGUUCAAAGGGAAAAAGCAGCAGCAGCCAUUGAUUCUCUCUCUUCUUGCAUUGGAAAAAGAAGUGAAGGAUUUUCUUGAUUCUCUGGGUCUCUUAUCUCUCUCUACAGUUUCUGAGGUUCUGCAGCAAUUAAAAGACAAGGCAUUGAAGAGGGCUGGAUUUACAGAGGAGGAAGUUCAGCAGAAGAUUGAGGAGAGAAAUCUAGCAAGAAAGAAUAAAGAGUACGAGAAAUCUGAUUUGAUCAGGGAGGAACUUUAUCUAAAGGGCAUAUCCCUAAUGGAUGAACCAAAAGGAACCAUUUGGAGACCAUCUGAACCUCCUGAGAAAAAAUUAGAAAAACAUGUUGAUACCCUUAUAGAUAAGCCCAUAUCAUAAUCUAUAUUAUUACAUAUUUAUGGAUUCUAUAAGUUAAUGUGAUAUUAUCCUAACACAUAAAUCCAUUAGAUGUUAAAGAUGAUCAUCACAUACAACUGUUGAAUUGAGUGCUUCAUGAAGGGUUCUUUUUUAUUAAAUUAAGAGAUGUAAGUUUAACAUGUAAGCCUAUUUUUGCAUGACAUUGAUAACAAAUUUAGAAAUGUAUUCAUCAAUCACAUUGAGCAAUUGUUAGAGGUAAACAUAGAGCAUUCCCUAAACUACAGAGAAUGAAUGUUUCUAUGCUAAAUUAGGCUAAAACAUAGAUCACCAGCACAUAUAUUUAUUUGCGUUACUAACUAAUGAAUUUUGCCAUGAAGAUCUUGAUCUUGGUUGUUGUAAAAUUUUAGGCUUUAUUUGGGACGGUUUUCUUUGGGUGCGUUUGGGACGUGUUUUUCUUGCUUCACUUUAUGUAAAGUAAUUGAAGGAUUGUUUGGGGCGCCAAGUUCAUGCUCCGUUGUAAAAUUUUUUGCGUCCCGUGGUUACUUUUGCUGCCCUAAGAAUGCCUCAUGCGGUCCGCUGCUUUCCGCGGUUUCGAAGGGCAUAAAUGAAGGAAAUGCCCCACCUGCAAUGUUUGCUAUAGGCCAACGUUGCGACCCCCUCAAGCUCAUCCAUCUCGGACUCACCUUCUCCAUGCUCUCGGCAGUCUCCCGACCUCUGCCUCUCCGGCCCGCCUCUGCAUCGGGAAGUUCAACUUCCACGAGUUCCCCGCCACUCACGACGUCUACGCCUCCAAUCUACUAUGAGUCUUUUGACCUGACAGUUCCAUCAAUCCACCGAUUCCUGGCCCCGAGCUCUUCCGCUCAAUCAAAUGAGCCCCGACCCUCUCGCCGAUCACUCCUGAUCCUGGGUCUAGGCGGUGUGCAGAGCAUGCAAAUGGAAGGCAAGGCCGGCAUGCUUCUCUAUUUGUUCGAGAGAGGAGGCAAGGGGUGGCUGGUGGCGUUAAUUUCUUCCAUCUGGCCCAUGGACAGUAGGGGCUGGGGUCCAUUUUUUUUCUAAAAAAAUAAUCUCUAGUUCCAGUCCUUCCUUAAUCCUGGUGUGUGUGAAAGCUGCAGAAAAAUGCUCUUACGUUAUCAUCUUCCUUCGACACCACCUGCAAUUGGAGCUCGAGAGACAGAGAGAGCAGAAUCGACCUACGAAAGGGCCUUGAGGCCAAGAUUGAGCACAGACAGGUAUUGAAGAACUUAUUCCUUAUCAGAACCAAUUCCUUCUCAUAAUUAUUACAAAAAAGAAGCAAAGAUUUGUAGGUGGAAGGCAAUCCGAUACCUGAAGCAAUAAAAAAAAAUUCUAUUGCCUUUGUUCAUUCGAUGUGCUUUCCUAGAGGUGUAGGCUUUCUUCUUUCAUCAAAGUUUUAUUACCACGAGCAUGCUUUCUAAAAAAAAAUUGUCUGAAAUCAAAAUAAUUCCUGACUUUGUGGCCAAAGUUUAUUUGUUUACAGACCAUAUACAUCAAUUUAUACAUCAUUUGAUGCUUGAUCUUUACUUGAGUAUAUAAGAGUGUAAUAGACUACAGUAGGAAUAUGAGAAAUGUGAAACUCACGGUUCUAGCUUUGUUCUUUGUCUCUGUUAUCCUUUCUUUGCUGUCCUGUUUCUGUUAUACACUUAUUGCAGGAAUGUACAGGGAGAUGCCGAUCUUUGUUUGAUGAAGUUCUUCAAUUUUGUCUCUUGUUAUAAUCUGAAGGUUCUAGAAUUGGUAGUGUAAUUUCAUUUUCACAAAUGAAUUCAUGAAUUUUAUCAUAUUUAUAUUAUGGCUGCUAUGGUUUUGCUUGAAAACAAUCUUUUAAUUCAGUGAUCAGGAUUAUUACGAAGUUGUAAGAGAAGUUGGAAGAGGUAAAUAUAGUGAAGUUUUUCAAGGCAUUAGUGUCUUUAACAUGGGUUGCUGCAUCAUUAAAAUCCUCAAAUCUGUCAAGAGAGAGAAGGUUUUGUAUGUCUGUUUCAUGCAAAAAUUGUCUUUUGAAUUCUAGAAGCCAUAAGGCUGCACCAAUGGUGAUCCUCUAAUGUUAACAUUUGCUAGUUGAAGAUGCCCUACGAACAAUUUUGUUACACUUUUGGGAAUCUUUGACGCAAGUGACAAAAUUUGACAUAUUUAUAUUUUAUGGCAGAUGAGUGAGGUCGCACUUCUUCUGGAUGCUGCUUCUCGCCUUGAGGAGCCCUUGAUGGUUAUUGUGGUAAUUAAAAAAAAAAAGUAGCAGGCUUCUAUUUUGAUUCAGGGGCUGUUUGGUUGCCUGAAUUAAGAGUGUAAAGUAAAACAAUUACAUGUAUUUAUUAAAUUUGGUUGUUUGGUUAAUUUUGAGCGGAACAAAAGAAAAUCCUACGAAGUAUUAGGCGUGUAUUAGGAGGCCUGUUUACUGCGAAUUAGAAACCUGCUCAUAUUGAGCGGGUUAUAAAUUCGCUGGAUGAAGCCUUCGCAUCAUCCUCGUUGCUAUUCAGCUUCAUUGCUUCGCAGGUGGUGUAAGAUUGCAUGAGAGGCUUCUUUGGCUCCUUCGUUCUUGUUCGACUUCGCUCCUUCGAUGACAUGCCCUUUGCCUGUCCGAUCGCUCCUUCGACGACGUGCCCUUUGCCUGUUUCGGCCUCUGCUGCUGACUUUGUCGCCGUCUUCGAGAGGAACUUUGGCGCCGCCUCAGCCUCACGCCCAAAUUUCAUGGUUGAGGGGUUUAUGGACGCACUGCAGCGAUCGCAGCGGGAGUUCAAGCUGCUGUUUGUGUAUCUGCACUCGCCGGACCACCCUGACGUGCCGGUCUUCUGUGCAGAAUUUUAAGUUGUUCUAGAUAAUUUCAAUAAGAACAGAGUCCUUUCAUCCUUGUGUUAAGUAUUUUUGUCACCAAACUUGGUUAUAAUAUGUGUUGGCCAUUCUUGGGGAUCCCACUUGUUUUGAAUUCUAAACCUACAGGCCUUUCUAUGUUAAGAUGAAGGUUAUUUACUAU